GUGUCAGAAACUAUUUGAAAGAAGCAUUAGUGAAUAUCAUCGCUGUGCACGCAGAGGUAUUCACCAUCUCUAAGGAAUUAGUGCCUCGAGUACUGUCAAGGAUUGUGGAAUCUGUUGCUGAAGAACUAAGUCGACUGAUGCAGUGUGUGUCAUCGUUCAGUAAAAAUGGAGCUUUACAGGCAAGGCUUGAAAUCUGUGCAUUGAGAGAUGCUGUGGCCGUAUACCUAACACCAGAAAGCAAGUAA